GCGACUCAGCUGGACUUCAUGUUCCACAGUGUCUCAGCGCUCCCACCAGCACAAUGGACUGCGAAAUUUGUUUAGAACCCUUCGAUCUCACGGGGAAGAGGCCCAAGUCUUUGCCUUGUGCUCACAACACGUUUUGUUUGGCAUGCCUCGGUCGCCUUCAAACACCAAGCUGUCCGAUGUGUCGAACGGAAUUUACCCGUGCCGCGUCUUUGCCUGACAACUUCUCCCUUAUGCGAGUUUUAGAACUGCAACUUGCAAACAGAUCCGAGCCCUCUAUUGUCCCCACCGCCCCGCCGCUGGAGCCUACGACCUCUGCAGCGACUCAAGAAGACGACUGGUGGUGCGUUGACUGCGAGACCGUGGCUGGGGCGCUGUGCAGGGAAAAGCAUUUCGCGCUGCGUCUGGAAGCCGUGAAGCCCGGCAAGGAAGACAAAGCUCAGCAAGAUGCAAGCAGCGUUACGGCAAAACAGCUGCGAGACGAUUGGACCCGGGAUUGGUGGUGCGUGGAGUGCCAAGCCGUUGCCAAAGACGUGUGCAGGGACGAGCACCUUGUCCUUCGCCACAAAGCCGCCCAGCUCCGCAGAGAGGAGGAAGUUGCAACUCGGCCGACGUCGAGCAAAAAUGAGAACCUGGGCAUCAAGAGGCGGUCGUCUCCAUCCAGUGACAGCAGCAGACUCUCGAUGAACUUAGAGAAUUUACACCUCAAAGACAAGAAAACGUGCGAGGCGUGCAAGGAGCCCAUCAUUGGUGCGGUAAGAUUAUACCUUAAUAUUCAUAAAGUGUAUAUUAAGUCCAACCUCGUAUCCUAACCGAAACUAACGGGC